AUGUCUCGCAUAUACAAGGCUCCAACUGUAACCAAAACUCAAUGGACACCGUCCACUUCACAACAAAUGGGAACGGCGAGUAACACUCUCGCUCCUCCGAAAACAAGCAAGUCCAAAACAGAUGAAAUAGAUGCAAUACUGGAAGAUGUGCGUCAGAAGAAGAUGCAGCUGCAAAAGGCACAAAUGAACUACGAAAAGGAAGAACAAGCUGGAAAGACAAGUGGGGAACCACCAGCGAACAGGGAAGCAAAGAAGGACUGGGAAUUGGUCGAAGAAAGAGAUGAUGAUGACGAUGACGAAUAG